GGUUAAGGAAGGAAAGAAAAGUCGGAACUUUAUCAACGAGAGAAAACAAAGUACAGGAGUAAAAACACCUGGGUAGUGAAGGAGGGAAUAUGAGACAGCCUCCAAAUGAUGAUGUGAAGAAAAGAGAGAUGAAAGAGAUGAAGAAGAGAAGAGUGAAGGGGGGGGAGGAUGAGAUGAAAAAAGAAGGAUGGAAGAAGGAAGAAGAAAGAAAAAAAAUCAGACCGACAAAGGAAGGAGAAGAAAAAAAAAAAAAAAAAAAAAAAGAGCCGGCGGAUGGGGAGGAGGCGACACUUGACCCGAUCGGGCUCUAGUGCAGGGGGGCAAAAAUCAAGGGAAAUCCGCCGUGACCGACUCUUUUGUUUGCCUAAUCAACAGGUUCUUUCACGGUUGAU